AUGUACGCCGCUGGCACGCCUCCCCCCGGGGCCGUUCGCCCGCCCACGUCGUCCAUCGAGCUGUCGCUAAGCGCCAAGGACCUCAAAGACCGCGACGUCAUCUCCAAAUCCGACCCGUUCGCCGUGCUCUACGUGAAAAGCGGCGCUGGGUGGUCCCAAGUGGGCAAGACGGAGGCCAAGAAGGACGACCUGAACCCGAAAUGGGCCAAGCUCUUCGUCGUGGAGUUCCACUUCGAGUCCGUGCAGCAGCUCAAGGUGGAGGUGUACGACCAGGACAGCUCGUCCCCCGACAAGCUCAAGGAGCAGGACUUCAUCGGAGGUGCCGAGUUCACUCUGGGGCAGCUCAUGGGAGCUCCGGGACAAAGUGGGUCCUUCCUGCUCACCCGGGGCAAGAACAAGUCCAAGCACCAGGGCUCGCUGCUCGUGAGGGCCGAGGAGGUCAAGGCCUCCAGUGAAACCGCACGUCUCCGCUUCUCCGCCACAGCGUUGGCCAACAUGGAUGGCAUGUUCAGCAAGAGUGACCCGUUCCUUACCAUCAGCCGCCUGAGGGAGGACGGAAGCUCGUGGACGCAGGUCCACCGAACGGAGACCAUCGACAACAACCUGAAUCCUAGUUGGAGACGCUUCGAUCUGCCACUGCAGCAGCUGUGCAAUGGAGACCACCGGCGCCCACUGAGACUGGAGGUGUUCGAUGAAGAUCGAGGUGGCAAAUUCGAGCUUAUCGGACAAGUGCAAACCACGCUGGAGGAGAUUAUGGCAAAGCGAGGCACCAACUACACCCUGCACAAUGAGGCUCUGCAAAAGAAGAAGGGCAAGAAGUACACGAACGCCGGGCUGCUUGUGGUCGCGGAGGUGGAGCUCUACCGAGAGCACAGCUUCAUCGAUUUUCUUAGCGGUGGUCUGGAGAUGAACCUGAUUAUCGGUAUCGACUACACGGCAUCGAACGGCCCGCCCAACGAUCCGCGCAGUCUGCACUUUAUCGAUCCUCGGGGUCCAAAUCAGUACCAGCACGCGAUCUCGUCGACGGUCUCUAUUUUGCAAGAAUACGACGCAGAUAAGCAGUUCCCAGUGUACGGGUUCGGAGGCAUUCCUCCUGGAGCGUUGGACGUGGACCACUGUUUUCCGCUCAAUCUGAAUCCGUCGAGCCCCGAAGUUGCGGGCUCUCAGGGUGUGCUGCAGGCGAGCCGAAUUGCGUUUCAACUGAAUGACCCUCGCAAGCAAAAGUACUUUGUACUGCUCAUUAUCACCGAUGGCGCGAUCAUGGAUAUGCAGGGGACGAUUGACGCGAUCGUUGAGGCAUCCCAGACAUCUCCACUUUCGAUUGUGAUUAUUGGCGUUGGGCCCGCAGACUUCUCAUCCAUGGUCGCUCUCGAUGGGGACGGAGGAAAGCUCCGAGCUAGCAAUGGACGGGUUUCGUCACGUGACAUUGUCCAAUUUGUACCUUACAAUCGGUUCGCGGGCUAUCCGGACGCUCUGACUCGCGAAACGCUUGCUGAGAUUCCGCGUCAACUGUGCCAGUACAUGAAAGUGAGGGGCAUUACGCCCAACCCA